AUGGCUGUUCAGUUCGACGGAGGGGUCGUCAUUGGUGCUGACACGAGAACGACUACCGGUGCUUAUAUCGCCAACCGAGUAACCGACAAGCUCACACACAUCCACGACCGCAUCUACUGCUGCCGCUCCGGGUCCGCGGCCGAUACCCAAGCCGUCGCGGAUAUCGUGCACCAGCACGCCCAGGUCUAUACGGCGAUCUACGGGCACGCACCGCCUGUCGCGACCGUGGCGGCGUUGUUCGAGAAGAUGUGCUAUGAGAAUAAGGAUCAGUUGAGCGCGGGGAUCAUUGUGGGCGGGUGGGACCCAGAGGUCGGCGGGAGCGUUUACAAUAUCCCAUUGGGAGGGGGGAUCUUUAGGCAGCCGUGGGCUAUUGGAGGCUCCGGAUCAACAUAUGUCUACGGUUACUGCGACGCAACCUACCAAGAAGGAUGGAACGAGGAACAGACCCUGCAAUUCGUCAAGAACACCCUCGCAUUAGCCAUGUCACGAGACGGCUCCUCAGGCGGCUGUAUCCGGAUGUGCGUCAUCACGAAGGACAAGGUCGAGCGGCAUUUCAUCCCUGGGAACGAGCUUCCGCGAUUCUGGGAAGGCAAGGAGGUGACGGGUGUGGAGGCUGUGGGGUUGAAUGCGGCAGAUAUGGUUAUCGCAUAG